GUUGGUUGCUGUUCCCGCCCCCGCGUCUGUCGCCAUUUUGCGGAGAGACGCCGAAAUCCUAAAGGCAGAGGUGUUGGGACCCGUGCUCUGUUUGGGGACAGGUAACAGUUACAAUGGGGAACGUUUUUGAAAAACUGUUUAAAAGUCUAUUUGGGAAAAAAGAGAUGCGGAUUCUUAUGGUGGGUUUGGAUGCAGCUGGAAAAACCACCAUCUUGUAUAAACUGAAGCUGGGAGAGAUUGUGACUACCAUCCCUACAAUAGGUUUCAAUGUGGAGACAGUAGAGUAUAAAAACAUCAGCUUCACAGUCUGGGAUGUCGGUGGCCAGGACAAAAUCAGACCUUUGUGGCGACAUUAUUUCCAGAACACCCAAGGUCUGAUUUUUGUGGUUGACAGUAAUGACAGAGAGCGGGUCAAUGAGGCCCGAGAAGAGCUAACCAGAAUGUUAGCAGAAGAUGAGCUCAGAGAUGCAGUUUUAUUGGUGUUUGUAAAUAAACAGGAUCUUCCCAAUGCUAUGAAUGCGGCAGAGAUAACAGACAAGCUGGGCUUGCAUUCCCUCCGCCAGAGAAACUGGUACAUUCAGGCUACUUGUGCCACCAGUGGAGAUGGGCUUUACGAAGGCCUGGACUGGCUCUCCAACCAGCUCAAAAACCAGAAGUGAUCGGAAGCGACCCGUUCCCUGUGCAGCGUGGCGAAAUGAGCUGGCCUCUUGUGUGCAUGUGUGCGUGUGGGGAGUCAAGCGUGGCUGUGUGGCUGCGAGUGGGAGCAGCUUUCUCACACCGUGCCUUAGACGCGCUGUCAGAAAACCAGUCUUACAUUUUCAGAAAAACCAGUGUUACAUUUUAAGUGCUACCUUCCAUUUCAAUAGCUUUGAUGAUCGGUUUUGCAGUUGAUGGAGGAGUCCGGAGGGCUCACUAGUGCUCCGUAGCUGGAGUGGUCUUCAUGGUGGCAAGGAGGAGGACAGUUGGCACGUGGACUGCGUUCAUUUGUGCCGUCCUGGAUGUGGUGUCUCUACACAGCUGGGGUCCUGUUAGACUUUGGUGUCCUUUUGUGAAAAAGGAAGGAGCUGUCGUUCUUUCCCGUCACUGCCAGAGCUAGCAGCUCACUUUUCAGUGCUUUGAGGCAAAUGAUCCUCAAGAGAAAAAGGCACUUGCUUGCCACAGGUUUGAAGUUCAGAUUUGAACUUUUCCCUUAAAUUGUGUCUAGCCUGGACUUCCUGGUUUAAUGUGCUUUAUUUAAAGGAAGCAUGUAUCUUUUUUGUUAGAGUAUCAAGAGUCCAUAACACUAGAGAAUUAUCCAGUCUUUCCCUUAGAGUUCCUGCCCUGAUUUGCCACAUGGAGACCAUUUGGGGUGGUGAACCAGCGUGAGAAUGAGGCUCUUUGCUGGGGCCAUGCGGUCAAGCGAAGGGCUGGGCUGAGGACGUGAGGUGGCGUUGUGUUUGUGUCCUCCAUCACCGUCUCAGGUGAGGCCCCUGAGACUGCUGCUCCCACUCCUCUGCUCUGUGCUGGGUGUUCUGCCCGCGAAGCAGGAGGGUCACUCCUGGAUGGGAUCCUCGCUGUGUCCAGUCUCUUGGUCCAGCUUUGGUUUGGGUCAGUGUCUGUUCCCAGAGCCACGCGCCGGUGAAUUCUGAGAGUUUGUGAGAGAAUCAAGAAGUUCAUUUUGGAGACAAAAUUCCCAGCAACCCCUGGUGUUGCCCUGAGUUGGUGCUAAAUUCUGCUAUGAAAGAUGUCUAGCCGGCUCUCUGUGGCGCUGACUCCCUUCUGGAUGGCAAUAAUGUCUUCUGUGGAAAUGUACUUUUUUUGUCCUCAAAAUAUUAAUAAAAGUGGCCUGGAAAUGAGCUCAGUUCACUCAGUCGUCUAGAGCUCUUUUGUGCAGACGGCUGUUGGCCAAAUUUGUACCUAAGCGCUUCCAUUACUUUACCUUUUGAAAUUCCAUUUUCAAAAAAUCUUUAAUCAAAUUACACAGGAGGGGAACGUAAGGUGAAUUGUGCCAAAAUUAAACUUUGUUUAUUGAUAACAAUGAAGUUGCUGUUACUAGGAAGAAAUUUCAUACCAUGAUAACUGUGGGGUAUAAUGUUUUUCUUAAAAUACUGACCUUAAAGAAUGUUCAUUGCAAUACUGGCAGUUAAGUCCAGAUUUGAUUUUUAACCAUGGGGUAAUUCCUGAGAAAUGUGUAGACUGUGUGCCUCCAGUUGGCAGGGGCUGUGUCUUCCACCUUUGUGUUUGUGCUCAGUACAGUGUACCUAAGCCUGGUGCUAGGCCUCGUGAAACACGUGUUGGUUGGCUGGACAAUAAAGAGCUUGCUCUGGAAGGUG